GGCACCUCCAUGGGUACCAUGUUCCACCUGGAGUUGGAGACGGAGGAGGUUAGCGAGGGCGAGCUCGAGCUCAGCCCGGCGGACGUGUGUCCCCUUCCCGAGUUGAAGUCGACUAGCAUGGAAUUUGGGGAACAGUAUGAAGAAGUGGAGCUGACUGAGACCAGCGUCAACGUUGGUCCAGAGCGCAUCGGGCCCCACUGCUUUGAGUUGCUGCGUGUUCUGGGCAAGGGGAACUUUGGCAAGGUGUUCCAGGUGAGGAAGGUACAAGGCACCAACAUGGGCAAAAUAUACGCCAUGAAAGUCCUGAAGAAGGCCAGAAUCCUUCGAAGUGCCAAGGACGUUGCGCACACACGGUCUGAGCGGAACAUUCUGGAGUCUGUGAAGCACCCCUUCAUUGUGGAUCUGGCCUAUGCCUUUCAGACUGAUGGCAAGCUCUACCUCAUCCUUGAGUGCCUCAGUGGUGGCGAGCUCUUCAUGCAUCUGGAGCGAGAAGGUUUCUUGUUGGAGGACGUGGCCAGCUUCUACCUGGCAGAGAUCACCCUGGCGCUUGGCCACCUGCACUCCAAGGGCAUCAUCUACCGAGACCUCAAGCCUGAGAACGUUAUGCUCGACAGUCAGGGGCACAUCAAACUGACAGACUUUGGGCUCUGCAAGGAGUCGGUUCACGAGGAUGCUGUCACUCACACCUUCUGUGGCACCGUUGAGUACAUGGCCCCCGAGAUUCUGAUGCGCAGUGGCCACAACCGAGCGGUGGACUGGUGGAGCCUGGGGGCCCUGAUGUGCGACAUGCUCACUGGAUCGCCACCCUUCACAGCCAGGGAUCGGAAGACAAUCAUAGACAAGAUUGUCAAGGGGAAGCUGAAGCUGCCCAACUACCUCACCCCGGAUGCCCAGGACCUCAUCAAAAAGCUUCUGAAGCGGAAUCCCAAGCAGCGGCUCGGAGGUGGCCCAGGGGACAGUGCUGAUGUGCAGAAACACCCCUUCUUUCGGAACAUCAACUGGGAUGACCUGCUAGACCGCCGUGUGGAACCCCCUAACAGGCCCUGUCUGCAGUCGGAGGAGGACGUGAGCCAGUUUGAUACCUGCUUCACACGACAGAUCCCAGUAGACAGUCCUGACAGUGCCAUCCUCAGCGAGAGUGCCAAGCAGGCCUUCCUGGGCUUCACGUACGUGGCACCCUGUGUCCUGGACAGCGUCAAAGAGGAGGGCUUCGUCUUCCAGCCCAAGCUGUGUUCCCCCAGGCGCCUCAGCAGCAGUCCCCGGACCCCCAUCAGCCCUCUGAAGUUCUCACCGUUUGAGGCGUUUCGACCCAGCCCUGCCCGGCCAGAGACCACGGAGCCACCACUACCUCUACUCGUACCACCGCCACUACUUCCCAGAUCUGCCCCUCUGCCUAUCCCUGUCCCUUCAGGGACCAAGAAGUCCAAGAGGGGCCAUGGGCACCGCAGGCGAUAG